UGCUACGGAAAACAAGAAGAGGAGGGGUUUUAACUUUACAAACGACGAGAUGGAGGCAUUAGUUCAGGCGGUGGACGAAAGGAAAAGUAUUUUAUUCGGCAAAUUUUCCCCAAAUGUAACGUCGCGGAUCAAAGCAAACAAAUGGCAAGAGGUGUCGGACGCUGUCUCAGCGGUUUGUGGGGUACUGAGGACGGUGGACGGUGUAAAGAAAAAGUGGUCGACCAUAGCGAGUGACGCCAAGACCAGAGGGACGCUACAGAAGAGGGACCAGGCAAAGACGGGGGCUGGUAUGCCAGAAGUGAAGCCUAUAACCAUGCUAGAGGAGAAGAUCCUGGCCACCAUGGGUCAAGUUUACACCCAAGGCAUUUCAACCGGCACAGAGGUUGGCCUGCCUGAGGAGAUCCUUGAGAACGUCAGUGCCGAGGUGUCUGAUUCAACUGAGGUCAUACUGACGUUGAUGGAAGCAGAGUGUGACAGCAGGACUCUGCCAACAGCAAUAAUUAUCCCAUCACCUGCUAAAAAGAAGAAACACAUUAGCCUACAAGAGGAGCUUCUGGAGUUGGAGAAGGAGAAGCUGUUGGUGAUGCGAGAGACACUAAAUGUUGAGAAGGAGAGACUGAAAUUGGAUAAAGAAAAAUUUGAAUUCAUGAAGCAGUAUUUUAUUUACAACGGGAACAAUAUUGUAAAUUUAUUUGAACAAUGAAAUGAAAUAAU